AUGGCAGUAGAUAGGCAACAAAGCACACCAACAAGCGCAAUGGAAGCCGUCCUGGUACCUUCAGAACCAGUACCAGAAGGAGCUAAAGUGGUUAAAGGCGUGGAUUUCAACAAACUCGUCGAAUUGGAUACUCUGAUGCAAUCUUACAUGACUACAGGGUAUCAAGCUAGCGCUAUUGGUAAAGCUAUUGAUCAGAUUAAUCAAAUGAUCAAGUGGAGAUUAUCACAAGAAGCGAUAUCUCCAGAUGAGACUGAAGAGUAUAAAGAUCCUGAAACACGAGAGAAGACGAAAUGUAAAAUCUUUCUGGGGUAUACUUCGAAUUUGGUCUCGUCGGGUUUGAGAGAGAUUUUUCGGUUUCUUGUACAGCAUUCCAUGGUGGACGUAAUAGUGACAACAGCAGGAGGCGUAGAAGAAGACCUCAUCAAAUGUCUUGGCCCGACCUACGUAGGAGAAUUCGAACUAGAUGGUGCUGAACUACGCAAGAAGGGACUGAAUCGGAUUGGGAAUCUGUUGGUUCCCAAUGACAAUUAUUGCAAGUUUGAAGAUUGGGUCAUGCCUCUUUUGGAUGGCAUGUUGGAUGACCAAAAAAAUAAGGACGAGCUAUGGUCACCGUCUAAAAUCAUACAGCGAUUGGGUAAAGCUAUUGACAAUCCGGAGAGCAUAGCGUACUGGGCUUACAAGAACAACAUACCGAUAUACUCACCUGCGCUAACAGACGGCUCACUCGGAGACAUGAUCUACUUCCACUCAUAUCGAAACCCCGGAUUGGUUAUAGACAUUGCCAGUGACAUUAGAUCUAUAAACAAUCAGGCCGUGUUUGCCAAAAAGACUGGUGUCAUUAUACUGGGUGGUGGUGUGGUCAAGCACCAUAUAUCGAAUGCCAAUCUUAUGAGAAAUGGAGCUGAUUACGCAGUGUACAUUAACACUGGAGCUGAAUAUGAUGGAUCUGAUGCUGGUGCACGUCCGGAUGAGGCUGUAUCGUGGGGAAAGAUACGGGCUUCUGCUAAACCUGUUAAAGUGUAUGCUGAUGCUACCAUUGUAUUUCCUCUGGUGGUGUCUCAGACUUUUGCUAAAUAUGGACAAAGGAACUCGGCAUAA